GACGGGGGGGGGGGGGGAGAGAGGUGGCGCGCGGCGGGAGGGAGGCCGCGAGAAGAUAUCGGAAAGCGGAUCCAGGCGGCCGAGUCGUCAAAGGGCGGGCUCGCAGCUGAGGCGGCUGGAAUCGACCAAUGAGCGGGCACGGCUUAGCGGCGGGGGUGGCCGUCCCCAAGGCCUGGAAGAAGGUUCUGUGUGACCUGCCGUUCCUCCUUUUCGGGCUCGCCGCGAAGUACCCUUCUGGCCGUUGCUAGGGUGGCCCUCCGCCUGUCUUUCCCCCCCACCCCGGAGAUUGCGGCUCUCGCAGGAGGAGGCUGGCGGGUGGGUGCGCCUGGCGCCCCCUGAGAUGGGCCCGGGGAAGGGCCGUGGCGCUCCGCUGCUAAGCGGAUCCGCGCCCCCUCGCCCAUAUUUUGGCGUUAAAGAUGGCUUUUGUUGACGGUCGUUUUAUCCGGGGGCGCGCGUAUAAAGGUGGGGAGAACCUUGGUGUGGAGUAUUCUCUAGUGAUCCUUUAUUUGCAUUUUCGGCUGAUGCGAGGGUUUGGUUUGUUUGGGGUUUUUUUUUUUUUUUUUUUGGUUAAAUAUCCGCAGCAUAUUUUUAAAUAAAGCGACUGCAGCAGCCAUGCAGAAAUGUGUUUAAAAAUGGCCUUUUCUAACCACCCCCCGUUUUACUAUCCAGAUAAUUUAGCUCCGAUGCAGCCGAGCAGGAGACGCAAAAUCGAGUGGGACGGCGUCGCUGGGAGCUCACCUGCCAAAUUCGGCAAGCUCGUCGAAGCACCGGCCCAGCCUCCUCUCCGGAGUCCCGGCGGCAGCGGGCUGGCCGCGUUUGGGGAGAGUCGAGUCUUCUCCCCGGCGUUUUCGUGCAGGGAGUUCUCCCGAACUUCGUUCGCUGCCGAGGAUUCUUCCUCUGAUGAAUUUGAAGUAGAUGAUGACAUCAGCGGCGGUGGGCAAGAGCCUCCUGUCCUCAGCAAAACCUUCCUCACAAAGCCCGCUGCUUCCGAGAUGACGACGAAAAAUGUGGCAUUUUCCCCUCGGGAAUCCCUGAAACUGAAGAUCAAGCAAGAAGAUUGCAGUGAUGCAAGAAUAAAUAUUGCAGCAGUCCCUGAAAGAAAAAGUGCUUUAAAAGAAAAGUCGGCUGAAUGUGGCCGGAAAAGAAUAAAAGACCAAGAUCAGGAUGCGGGAUCUCGACUAAUAUAUCGUAAAGCUCUGCUGAGUAUAUUUGGGGGACAAUUGCAAGCCCGAAGAAAACCUUCAUCUCUAAAUGGAAUUCAUAAGGAAAGCCCUUCUAAAGAAGAGGAACUUGGCUCAAUUAACAACCUGAGGAAAUUUUCGGUAGUAUCAGAAAUUAAAGAGCAACAAACUGGAAACAAAUCACAUUGUUUGAAAACUGCACCAAAGGAACGUAUUAAUAUUUCUGUUAAGCAAGGCAAUAAAGAAUCAUGUUGGUCAGAUGGCAGUUCAAGACGUGUAUCUCUAAUGUCAAGUUCAAAAGAAAAAGAACAAGAAUCCAACAUUCAGAAAGUUUUUUUGAAAUCGGAAACCUCUGCAGAAUUGCAAUUUGAAAAAAAACUAGACUUGCUAUUUGAAAAAAACCCAGAACUUCAGCAGGACUCCAGCUUCAAAAAAGCUACUACAAAAAAAGAAAAUAAAACUUUGAAGUACGGUACAAAAGAGAUUUCUAAACCAGGAACUGGAUUAACACAAAUUUCUACAGUAUCAAGACCAGAGCAUGAAACAGAUUUUCAACAGGAUCCCAACAUUGAGAAAACUGUUACAAAAACAGAUAGUAAAACUGGGCAUAGUGUUAAAGUUUUCAAACCAAGGCAUGGUUCAAAACAUAGACAUAAACGAUCAAAAUCUGAAUAUGAAUUGGAACUUCAACAGUCUUCCAGCUUUAAGAAGACUGUUAAAGAAACAGAAGACAAAAGUUCUAGGUAUAGCGUAAGAGAACUUGCCAAACCUUUGGUUAGGUCAAAGCAAAGUCAUCGGCUGUCAAGAUUUGAGGUUGAACUUGAUGUGCAAGAUGAUUCCAAUGUUGAAAAAGCUUCUACAAAAAGAGAAAAUAAAACUAAGUGUAGCACAAGAGAACUUUCCAAACCAGUGGUUACUUCCAAAUACAUUCACAUACAAUCAAGUUAUGAAGAUGAAGUAGAACUUUAUCAGGGAUCAGAUGACUCGCAGGUUUCAGUAAAAGAAAAAAUAGAUGGUGGGCAGAGUAAAACGGAGAAAGAAAAUGGCCGCUCAGAGCACACAUUUAAAAGCAAGUCUAGCUGUUCACAAAUUGGAGAGCAAAAAGAUGAGCAAGUCUCUCCUAAACAGCUAAGUAAAAUCUCUGAUGGGAAUAUUUUUGCUAGCCAAAGUAAAAAAAAAAUAUGGAAAUCAGAAACCCACUUGAGAAGCAUAGUUGAAAAUUCAAAAUGUGAAGCUGAAGAGACCAAGCAGAAUAGCAACAAUCAGAAAACUCUUAUAAAAAGCAUUAGUGCUUCUGCAAAACAAAAAAACACAACAAAAGACAAAUGUAUUUCCUCCACUUCAUCUAAUGAACAAAGUGAUGCCACAGAGAAGUUUGUGAAUUUCCAGACAACUGUUACUGCUGAAACCUCUCAAGAAUCGGUGUUUAUGGAUGAUUCAGAAACAGAUCAAAAGUGUAUGGAGCCCAAAAAAGAGCUUUCAGCUGAAAAUAAGUGGUCCGACACGGAAGAUGGAGAACCACUGGUUACUUUUUCACAAGAAGAUUCCAUCCCUAACCACAGUCGUUCAGAACUAAAGGAAAUGUCAUUGUCAACAACAGAAUUUGUGAUGUAUCCUCCUCAUUUAUACAGUCAGAAAAUGAGUGAUUAUGCAAAAUACUGGACAAGCAGUCCAAAGCCAACACAUUCUUUUUCGAGCCCCACUGAAAACACCUCGUAUUCCAAUAAUCUCUGUGAUAUUUCUUUAGAAAGCCCAAUGAAUACAACGAAGGAUAAAAAAACUUCAGUGGAAAGUAUGCAAGAGAGAGAGUGGUCAUAUGGUUCAUUAUUGGACUAUAAAGAGAAAAAAAGACGCCACAGUAUGGAAAUAGGAGCAUAUGUUCCCAUUUUCUCCUCAUCACGCAAGUCAGACUCUUUCACUAAUAAUUGUGUAAGCCAGGAUUUUCCUAGGAGCUUGCCCAAAUAUUUAGAAGAAGGAUUUAUUGACACGCACUGUCAUUUGGACAUGUUAUAUUCAAAAACAGGUUUCGGAGGCACUUUUUCUGAAUUUAGGAGAAUGUAUAGUAGCACUUUUCCUAAAGAAUUUCAGGGCUGUAUAGCUGAUUUUUGUAAUCCUAGUACUUUAAAGAACAACUUGUGGGAAGAUUUAUUAAAAGAAGACAUGGUUUGGGGGGCAUUUGGCUGCCAUCCGCACUUUGCUCGUUAUUACACAGAACUUCAUGAAAGAAAAAUUUUACAGGCAAUGAGACACCCCAAAGCGAUUGCCUUUGGCGAAAUAGGACUGGAUUACUCUCAUAAAUGUAGUACAGAAAUUUCAAAGCAGCAUAAGGUUUUUGAGAGGCAACUGAAUCUAGCUGUUUCCUUAAAGAAGCCAUUGGUUAUACACUGCAGAGAUGCUGAUGGUGAUCUGUUAGAAAUCAUGAAAAAAUGUGUACCAAAAGACUACAAAAUACACAGGCAUUGCUUCACUGGCAGGUAUAGCGUCAUUGAACCACUUUUAGACUACUUUCCAAAUCUAACUGUUGGAUUCACCGCUUUGCUGUCUUACCCAUCAGCAAAUGAGGCUAGAGAAUCUGUUCGAAAAAUUCCAUUAAAUAGAAUAGUAGUAGAAACAGAUGCACCUUAUUUCCUUCCUCGGCAGGUGCCAAAAAGUGUUAGCCGGUUUUCUCAUCCUGGUGUAGCUCUGCACACAGUGAAAGAGAUUGCUUGUCUCAAAGAGGUGUCAUUACCUGUCAUGUUAGCUGUUCUAAGGCAAAACACCAACAAAAUUUAUAACUUGUAAGAAGGUGCAAAGAGAAGAGGGAAGAACUGAAGAGGAUAUGCUUUUGUAAAAUUGAUUUGAUCCUUUUAAAUUUAUUUUGUAAUGUAAAUAUAGAUCUGGAUUUGGAAUACCCUUUAAUAUUUUUUUUAAUUCUUUCAAUUCUGUUACUUGUUCCUGCUCUUUAAUGUGCCUCGGUGUUGAUUUUAAUUUGAAGAGUUUUGGUUUUUUAGUUGUUAAUCCUUGGGGGCACAAACUGUCAGUAUUUUAAUUUUUCAAAAAGAAAACAAACAAACAAACCUAAAGUGCUCUUAAAAUUAUCAAGAUAAAUGUAAGUAUUUCUUCUGAGCAGCAAAUCACCUAACUCAGGGGUCUGCAACCUUAAACACUCGGAGCCAUUUGGACCCAUUUUCCACAGAAAAUAAAACACCAGGAGCCACAAAACCUGCGUGGGCAUGGCCAACUUGACAUCACGCACUCCCACCCAGUCACAUGACCCCCACCCCCAGCCACAUCUACCUAGCCAGCUUUUGUGAUUCCCAGUGGUUUUUUUUCUAUGCGAAACAAGUAUCUCUCUUUUUUCCCUCCCCCUUUCAUCUCUCUCUCUCUCUCUCAUUUCUUUCUCCCUCUCAUCUCUCUAUCUCCGUCUUUCAUCUCUCUUUCUUCCUCUCUUUCUUUUCCUCCAGCUCUCUCUCAUUUCUCUCUUUUCCCGUUCUCUCUCUCAAUUGUUUCUCUUUUUCCUCUUUCUCAUUCUCUCCCUCCAUCAUUCACUCAUUUCUCCCUUCCUUCUUUCUGUCCUCCCUUUCUCUCCCUUCCUUCCUUCCUUCCUCUCUCCCUCUUUCUCUCCCUCCCUCCCUCCCAUUCUCUCCCUCCCUCCUCUUUCCCUUCCUUCCUUCCUCCCUUCCAUCCUUCCUUCCUUAAAUAAAUAAAUGCUGCUUUCUGAGUUCUACUAUUUGUGUUGCUGAAGCAAAAGGAACCAUAUAGUACCAACUCUGUCAGAUCUCAAACAAUGGGCAGAAUUCAUAGAGAGGUUGAUCCUCUUUGCCCCUCACCUCUGCUUGUGGCUAGCUCUGCUUCUCUUUUUCUCACCUUUUCUCUCUCAUCCCUCCCUCUCUCGCCCAUGCGCCCAAGCGGGAUAUCCUCCUGGGCCGGGAUCAUGGCGACGGCGGGGAUGGAGACUCCUCCCGCUGCCACUGCUGCGCAGUGAGGUGAGUAGUGGGCUGUGCUGCACAGCGCAGGGGGAGCCGGAGCUCUUCCUUCCUUGAAUCUGGUGGCGGCUGCUCCUCCCCUUCCCUUUCUUCCUGAGCCGGCAUGAAGGGGACUGCAGCUGGCACUGAGCUGCCCGCAAAGUACAUGGAAUCACAAAAAGCAGCUGGUCACGGGCAGUGUGGAGAAAAUGAUAGGAGCGCUUCAGCUGCAUGGCUCUAUGGUUUGCACCUUGUUGGGGCACAGAGCAUGUCACGUGACUGGGUUGGCAGGGAGCCGCAAGAGAGGGGUCAAAGAUCUGCAUGCGGCUCUGGGGCUGUGGGUUGCUGACACCUGACCUAACUGCUGCAAUAAAAACAUUACCCAUUUAUCUAACUUAAAUGUAAAAAUAACCUCAAAAAUGUAAUGAAAUGUAUUUCCUGUUUCUGAUAAAUUUUUUUCAACAUACUAACCCAUUCAUUCUCUUCAGAGAAUAAAGUAAAUGAUAAAUCAUUUUUAAAAGAUACACAAAUAUUGUUUACAAACACUUACUGAAAGUCACAGAAAUUCCCUAGCUGAAGUGAAAAAUACAGGUUAAUGAAACAAAGUUAAGGGAGUAAAAUAGGGUAUCAAGAUUAUUCAUGAAAGACUAAUUGACUUUUAAUUUCUAUUUGAAUUUGUUCCUUUUUGGUUUCUUCAGAGUUCUUAAUUAGGGAAGUGAUUAUAUGUUUCUAUAAUUUUAUGCAUUACUUUGACUUUAAACAAUUUAUUUGUCAAUAAAUUAUUUUUGUAUUAGCAUUCUUACAAUUAAUCAUCUUCGCAAAGCAAAAAUUAAUCUUGUCAAUUACACUGAAAAGAAACAUUCCUUUGUCUUCAAAGCAGCUGUGUGUUUUAUCUUUAACAUUUAUUUCUGUAGAUACUUUUGGUCAUAUUAUUAAAUAUGUUUCACAGUGUUUGUGAAAGUAGA